UUUUUGCUUUCAGUUUCCGGAGUGGAUUUUAUGCUUCAAGGAAGAAACGGGCCCGCCUGUUGUCUCUUGCGAGCCCCGCCAUGUCGACGGCGAUCACCGCCGCGGAAAAAGUGGACGGCUUCACUCGGAGGUCGGUGCGCAAGGCUCAGAAACAGAAGCGGUCGCAGGGCUCGUCGCAGUUCCGCAGCCAGAGCAGCCAGGUGGAGCUUUUCCCGCUGCCCCAGCUCAAAGAUGCCUCUUCAAAUGAACAACAAGUUCUCUUCUGUCAGAAAUUACAGCAGUGCUGUGUAUUAUUUGAUUUCAUGGACUCUGUCUCUGACUUAAGGAGCAAAGAAAUUAAAAGAGCAACACUGAAUGAAUUAGUGGAGUAUGUUUCUACAAAUCGUGGUGUGAUUACUGAAUCAGCAUAUUCAGAAAUUGUAAAAAUGAUUAGCUCUAAUAUCUUUAGAACACUUCCUCCAAGUGAAAAUCCUGAUUUUGAUCCAGAAGAGGAUGAGCCUACAUUAGAAGCUUCUUGGCCCCAUAUACAGCUGGUGUAUGAAUUUUUACUAAGGUUUUUAGAAAGUCCUGAUUUCCAACCCAGCAUUGCAAAACGUCAUAUUGACCAGAAAUUUGUACAGCAGCUAUUGGAGCUUUUUGACAGUGAAGAUCCACGAGAGCGUGACUUUCUAAAAACAGUACUUCAUCGAAUUUAUGGCAAAUUCCUUGGAUUAAGAGCAUUCAUCAGGAAACAAAUCAACAAUAUUUUUCUCAGGUUUAUAUAUGAAACAGAACAUUUCAAUGGUGUUGCUGAGCUACUUGAGAUACUGGGAAGUAUUAUCAAUGGUUUUGCAUUGCCACUGAAAGCUGAACAUAAACAGUUCCUUCUGAAGGUUCUUAUUCCCAUGCAUACUGCAAAGGGAUUAGCUUUAUUUCACGCACAGCUGGCAUACUGUGUUGUUCAGUUCUUGGAAAAAGAUAUGACAUUAACAGAGCCGGUUAUCAGAGGACUGCUGAAAUUUUGGCCAAAAAUAUACAGCCAGAAAGAGGUCAUGUUUUUAGGUGAAAUUGAAGAAAUUCUGGAUGUAAUAGAACCAACACAGUUCAAAAAAAUACAAGAGCCUCUUUUUAAACAGAUAGCAAAAUGUGUGUCAAGUUCACAUUUUCAGAUUGCAGAAAGGGCUCUGUACUUUUGGAAUAAUGAAUACAUUCUUGGUCUGAUUGAAGAGAACAUUGAUACAAUUUUGCCAAUUAUGUUUGGCAGUUUAUAUAAGAUCUCCAAAGAACACUGGAAUCCGACCAUUGUAGCAUUAGUAUAUAAUGUGCUGAAAACACUGAUGGAUAUGAAUGGGAAACUAUUUGAUGAACUCACAAGCACUUACAAAGCAGAAAGACAAAGAGAGAAGAAGAAAGAAUUAGAACGUGAAGAAUUGUGGAAAAAGCUGGAAGAGCUCAGACUCAGCAGAACGUUGUCUAACCAGCCAAGUAAUACCUCCUCCUCUCUGACAAAUAUACCAAAUGAUAGUGCCAAGUGAGUGUGAAAAAGCCUGUUUGUGAGGCAUAUCUUUUGUACACAGAUUUUUUUUUUUUACAAAAAAUGUAAAAAAUGCAGAAGAGAAACCUCAUCAGUAUCUUUGAAAUGGCCAUCCCACCCACAAAAUGUAAAUGAAAUUUUUUUGAAUUGAAAUACAGUAAUUGAAUGUGAUAUUAUUUCUCAUAGCAUAUUGUAAAUUUGUCUCUAAUCAUUGCUAUAUUGUCAACUCUGACAUCUCACAGAAAGGAAUUUUAUCAUCCAUGAAGUGUUUGAUUUAAUUAUGGGAACGGUGAAAUUUUGACUUGAAGUUUUUUUUUUCUUUUUUAAUUGUGUUGCACUUAGGCAUAGAUGUCAGGCAGCUUACAUUUUCUCCCUAUGUGCUUUUCAUAGUGCUGCAGCCUUUGGCUGAGACUCAGGAAGAGACUUCUAGCUUUACUGUUUUUCCUGAAAUGAAACUGAUAAUCUAGUAUCAAGUUGAUGGGAUUGACUCCCAUGAAGCUUGGUGGGGUUUGCUUCUGAAUAAACGUGUAUCACUUGAGUUGAAUUUGCCCAUUACAAUAUCACGGGUCAGGCUAUUUUAUAAGAAUGUUUAGUUUAGACAGAUUAAGAUUCAAAAUUAUAUGAGGAACCUUUUCAAGUAGAAAAGACUUGUUACAGAGGUGGGUAGAGUGGGCUAUAUAAAUGGAUAGAGACAGGGAAAGGGAGUAAGAUCAGGUUAGCUGCAUUGGGCUUCUCCCUCAGAUAAUUGUAACUUGGACAGGACUUGGGCUGCAUUAUGUGUUUUGCUUCAGCAGUUACGUGAGCUCUGAAUGAGGAAAAAUUGUUAACUUUUAAUAAAGAAUUAUUCAUAUAGUUCUUAUGCUUCCUCUUAGAAAAGAUUCAGUAAUCAUGUUUCUGUUCCCAUAACUAAACAUUGGAAUCUUUCAAUU